AUGAGAGAGAGUAGCCAUAGACCUCUCAUAUUUGGAACCCCUUUCCUGUCUACUGUGGGUGCCAUAUUUGAUUUCCCCAAUCAAAGAAUCUCUUUCAACAAGGUGAACAAGGGUAUGUUCUUCCCUAUGUGUUCAACAAAGAACUCUUUUGUUGACAUGGUCCAAGAGGAGAAAGUUACUUUGAAGCCACCCCAAGAAGGAGAAACUGAAGAAACAAUCAAGGAAGAUCCCAUUCCUAAGCCCAAGCAGCUUGCCAAACAAGCAAGGAGUAAGACUAAGGCCCCUACACCAAAACCGCCCAAGGGAUCAACCAAGAUUGAAGAUGAGGCCAAGCCAAGAAGAAGGUUAGAAAACCUAGGCAGUAGUGCCAAGGGACAUUCAUGGAGAGAUUGUCUAUCCAGCUGUGAAUCACCCACCAGAUACUCAUUGCAAGGAGAAAAGACUUGGAGGAUCAAAGAUGCCUCUUGUCUCCAUCUUCUCCUGAGCGCCAAGCCUUACAGUCAAGCUAAAGACUUAAAACAAGCGCUGCAUGGGAGGCAACCCAUGAGGAUAGAAGGAGAAAAAGGUGUGAAAACACAAUCCGCGCCAAAACAUUGGCCGCGGACGCGCAAGAAAAUUUUGGCCGAGCAAUUCUCAACCUGGCCGACCGUCACGGUCGAGCCGGGAAGGAAUAGCUCGUGCUCGGCCGGAUCGCUUCAAUUUGCGCGACAGAAAACGUUCGAGCGCACGCGCGAACAGGGAAAGAUUAGGCCGCGAUCGGCCGGAUUUUGUAUCGGAACGGACCGACCGCGGUCGAUCCGGGAAACAAACGACCGGAUCGGCCGAUUUUCUCGACCAAAACAAAAUUUGGCCGACCAAUCGCUCGACCGCGACAAAUUGCUCGGCCAUCGGCCCAAAACUUUUCAAGGCCAAGGUACACCAAUGGCAAAGACAAAAGGAAAUGAGAGUAUGAAGAAGAAGAACCCAUUCAUGGAACCACCAAAGAAACAAAUCAAGCUAGGGAGUAGUAGCUCCAAUGCAAGAGCAGCAAUACCAACUUCACCACAUUCCAUUGAUGCAAUCAAGAACAUGUGGAGAGUCCAAGAGAGAGAAGAUGAUUGGGCACUUGUAACCUUUGUUGGAGAACAAUCAAGACCCAAGAAAGUGUAA